AAUUGUUCACUAAGCAAUACGCAGCACUGCAGCACGGUUGCUUCCCAAUAUGAGCCAGUUGCCAAUAAUUAAACAGUUAGGUCAGGUCAUCGAGCCUGCACUUAAUGGUGCCUACCUCCAUUCCUAUGAAGUGGAUAGUCUAACUCGACCGGGCGAGAAUUAUGGCAGUGUUUUAAUAUCUAUCCGUGCUCUAGUACGGAGCGCUAAUGGAACAUUGUUUGAUAAGCGGCUGGUGGCUAAAGUGCCGCCAACAGACCUAAAAUAUUGGAAGUUUAUACAACCAGAGCGCACCUGUCUAGCUGAGAAUGCAAUUUACGAGAUAUUGGCCCCGGCAUUGAUCGCUUUGCAGGAGGAAGCGGGCAUUCACAAGGAAAUGCAAUUCGAUGGCUUCGCCAAGUAUUUUGGCUCACGCAUAUCCCUAAGCCAAAAUGCCAAAACUGUUGACAGAGACGCAAUUUUAGUUUUGGAAGAUCUGCGGGACGAUAACUAUGUGCCGGGUCAGAGGCUGCGACCUUUCGACUUGCUCCACACCCAAAUUGCCUUAAAUUACAUGGCGCAGUUCCAUGCGCUAACAAUUGCACUACGAUUGAAGAAACCGAAGGUCUUUGAAACAAAAGUGCGUCCAUUCUUUGACAAGUUCGACUGGCAUGCAGCAGCGCCCGAGGCGAAGGCCACAAUGAUAGCGGAAACUUUAGCAGAUAUCAAAGAAGCCACAAACAAUGAUGAGACCACGAUAAACUCGAUAAAGAAAUUGUCGACUGAAUUUUUUGCAUUUCUUGCAACGCCGCCAAUCGAAAAUAACCCAUUUAACACUGUCAUUCACUCAGAUCUAUGGACAAUGAACUUAAUGUUCAAGUAUGACCAUUCCGGACAGCCCACGCAAUUGAAGAUAAUCGACUUUCAAACAGCACAGUACGAUUCUGUUGUGCAUGACUUAAUAGCAUUUCUGUUUACAAGCGUAUCAACGCGUAUUCUAGAGGAUAAUUACUAUAAUUUACUGAAAUUUUACUUCAAUGCAUUCAUUUAUACUCUGACUAAAGUUGGCGUAAAUACCAAUGCAUAUAGCUACGAGACGUUUGCUGCUGAGUUAAAACGUAUCGCAUUCAUUCAAGUGCCUCAUGCUAUAUUCAUGACACGAUUUAUUUUGGCGGAUCAGAUCAAUUCCACUGCGAUUGAUCUCGAACUGUCUGAGGUGCUUAAGGGUACAAGUUCAAAUCGAGUGCACAGCAAGUUAAUUGAAAUUUUGCGACUAGCACAGAAAUUCCAAAUAAUUUUAGAAUAAUUAUUUUGUUUACAAUGG